GUCAUCGGCGCUCAGAGAUGGAUCAGAUCAGCGAUGCGGCCGUCGCUUAUAAUCAGGAUUUUACACACAAGACCAUCCUGGUGGGAGACAGCGGAGUGGGAAAGACAUCUCUGCUGGUUCAGUUCGAUCAAGGAAAGUUUAUCCCUGGAUCGUUUUCCGCAACCGUGGGAAUUGGAUUUACGAAUAAAGUGCUGGCUGUGGACGAUCUGAAGGUGAGAUUACAGAUCUGGGAUACGGCGGGACAGGAGAGGUUUCGGAGCGUCACACACGCGUACUACAGAGACGCUCAGGCUCUUCUGCUGCUCUAUGACAUCACCAGCAGAUCCUCCUUCGACAACACACGGGCGUGGCUUACUGAGAUCCAUGAAUAUGCUCAGGAUGAUGUGGUCAUCAUGUUGCUUGGCAACAAGUCAGACAUGGCCAGCGCUCGAGCCAUCAGACGAGAGGAGGGAGAGAAACUGGCCAGAGAAUACGGAGUAAUUUUCCUAGAGACCAGUGCCAAAACCGGACUCAACGUCGACGAGGCCUUCAUGACCGUGGGAAAGGAGCUGGUGAGACGCUCGGUCCAGCUGUCCGUCGAGCACAGGUUUCACCUUCAUGACGUGAUGGAGCCGGAGAAACAGCCGUCCGUCUGCUGCAGCUUCAGCUAGAGACUCACGAGAACAGCAUCCCUGUCACCUGAUGAUGUGUUCGAUAACUUCAUCUGUUCUGAAACCAGCAGAGAAUAGACGUUAAACCAGCUCCUGUUUUAUAGUUUGCCAAAGUAAUGUUUGUGACCCUUCUAGCACAAAACCAGUCAUAAGAGUCCAUUUUUAUUUACAUAAAAGCUGAAUAAAUCAUCUCUCCAUUGAUGUGUGGUUUGUUACGAUAGAUCAAUAUUCGUCUGAGAUACAACUAUUUGAAAAUCUGGAAUCUGAGGGAGCAAAAAAAUCUAAAUAUUGAGAAAAUCAUCUUUAAAGUUGUUCAGAUGAAGCUCUUAGCAAUGCAUAUUAUAGUUCUGAUAUAUUUACAGUAGGAAAUAUACAAAUAUCUUCAUGGAACAUGAUCUUUACUUAAUAUCCUAAUGAUUUUUGACAUCAAAGAGAAAUUGAUAUAAUGUUUUAUUGUCUGCUACAGAUAUCCCUGUGCUACUUAUGACUGCUUCUGUGUUAUAUAGUAAAUAGAUCGAUGUCAUUAAAUUGUUUCAUAUGCUUAUUGGUGAGUUUAGAUCACGCUGAAGAUCUGCAGGACUGUCUCGUUCACUUUCCUGGAUUUUCUUGCACUGCGUUUGAAUCUCAGGAUCUGGGAAUAUUAUGCACUAACAGACGCUCGAAAACAUUGCAAACCUUUACAAAGAAAAUAUGCAUUUAUCUGUCUAGCCGUACAAUGAAUUAAUCAGAAUUACUAAUUGAUAUUACUAAAGAAACACAUAUCGAGAGAGUAUGUAUAUUUAUGCUUGUUUAUGUCCAAAUGUAUUAUUAUCAGAAAACUAUUUUGUAUAUGUUUUGCUGAAAUCAGAAGAGUUUGCACAGUUUUGUGUCCGAUGUCCUCAGGUCUUUUCCUGUGCUAUGACUGUGUAUAUGGAAGAUGCUUUAUAAAAGAUCAGUUGUGUAAAUCUU